CAAUCGUUCGCGCGGGAAAUCCUCCCCCACGGGCCUUCAUGGGGUGAAAAAUACGCUAAAAAAACAUGGAUACCUUCGACUUCGUGAUCCCCCUGAGCCUCGAUGCCUUGCAGGAGUCGACCAGCACGCGGCAGUACGUCGUGUACAACAUCUCCACGAGCAAGGAGAUCCCUAAGAAGAUUCAGGAAGCGCAAGUGGCCUUCCGUCAAGAUGGCCCGCACUUCAUCCUCAAGGCGCAGAACUUUGACGUGCUUUAUAGCGUCCUGGGUGGAUUUGGCAGCGUGGACGGAGAGUUUCGGCAGCGCACGUGGGAGCUACUCCUGAAAGCAAUGUCCAAGGUGACAGCUGAAUUGGCGCUGCUUCUGGAUGAGGGGGACAUGAGCGCCAAGGAACGGCAUCAGUGGCUCAAUGUUCUCAAGAUGACCACGUACAUUGCCUGCAACCUCACUGAAUCCUUUGAGAACGAGUACAACAAACCCUCCACUGACACCCUGGUUUUAGGGAAGCAAGGAAGGAAGAAGUCGGCAAGGAAGUCCGAUGACGGGACGGACUGGGAGGAGGAGAGGAACCGCAUGCUGGUCCAGCUGUUCUCUGUCCUGCAGCACCCUCUGCACCGCCUGUGGGAGCCACCCAUUAUGGAGGAGGAUUUUGUCAACCUCAUAGCCAACUGUUGCUACAAGAUUCUGGAGUCUCCCACCAUGAACUUGGCAAGGACCAAACCGACACGAGACUCAAUAUUCCAGAUUAUCGGCACACUCGUCAAGAAGUUCAACCAUGGUCUCGCUUGUUCCCUAAAGCUCAUGCAGCUCCUGCAGCACUUCGAGCACAUGGUUGUCCCAUGCGCCCAGGGUGUAAUCCUUCUGAUCGAGUCGUUUGGCAUCACUUCUGUCGUGUCGGAGAUGGUGAGGGAGAUCGCGAAGGUGGACGCACGAGACCUCAUGAAGGAUACUUCGGGCUUGCGUAACUUCUCCCAGUUCCUGGUGGAGGUCUCGGAGAAGUGCCCCCAGGUCAUGCUGCCCUCGCUCAGCCUGCUCGUUAACUUCCUGCACGAGGAGGCAUCCGGCAUGAGGAACUGCGUGCUGUCCAUCCUGGGUUCCAUUGUGUUGAAGGUCCUGAGCGGUGAGCAGCUGGACCCCAAGAGCCGAGACCUGCGCGAUCAGUGCCUUGACCACCUUGAGGACCACAUUCACGACAUUCAUGCCUUUGUUCGCAGUAAGGUCUUGCACAUCUGGAACGACCUUGUGAGUGAGAAGGCCGUGCCCCUGCGCAGACAGCAGCAGGUCCUGAAACUUACCCUAGGGCGCCUGAAGGACAAAUCAUCGCAUGUGAGGAAGAGCGCAGUUCAGUUGCUGACUGCAUUCCUGAAGGGCAACCCCUUUGCAGCUAAGCUCCCCCUGGAAGAACUGGAAGGCCAAUAUGAAGAAGAGCUCAAGAAACUAAAGGAAAUGGACCCUAAGGCUGCUUUGGACUUGUCAGCAGAAGAGGAAGAUAAACCGCAGGUAGAAAAGACCGUCACUGGAAGGGAGCUGUGGGUAGCCAUGUUGCCUGAGGUGGUCGCCAUUGUUUUGGAAGUUGUUGAUGAAGGUGGCACUGAUGACGACGAUGAUGGUGAAGACUCCUUAGAGGAAGAUACCUCACUAAAUGAUGCAGUUUUGGAGAUUGCAGAGGCUUUGAACUCCAGCAAGAUCAGAAGAGCUGUCAAACUGCUGGAGUGUGCCCUGGAAAUGUUCCAUGGGGCUGAAGUGUUUGGUUAUGACCCCGAGAUCCAUCCCUCCAAGGCCUACAGAAAGCUGAGCAAGGACGAGGAGCUGACAGACCACCAGAUCCGCCACCUGGUCGUGCUGGAGCGGAUCUUCCUGUCGGCCAAGGAGAUGGAGGAGAGGAAAGGCCAGACAAAUGAGGAGGAGAAGAUGGAGGAGGAUAAGAAGGCCGAGGAGGAAGAGGAGGAGAAAGAGGAGACAGAGGAGAUGAGGGCAGAGAAGGAGGCCCAGGCGGAGGUGACCAAGCAGAAGCUCUUGGUCAACUACUUGAAGGAUUCUGUUUGUUUUGCUAAACUGUUCAACAAAGGCUUGCCAGUUCUCUGCCAGCUUCUGAGCAGCAAACAUGUAUCAGAUGUGUUAGAAGCAGUACAGUUCUUCGUAACAGGUGACAUUACUAAGCAGUGCCUAACCUUGCUUUGGGAACGCUUCACCAAGACCCUGCCUGACACCACAGACGAUGAGUCACUGGCAGGCCUCAUUCUCCUCGCCAUGUGUGCCAACUCAGAAGCACACAUUGUCUCGAGCAACAUUGGUGUCCUGGUGAACUCCGGCCUGGGUGAGAGAGGCCUGCGCAACUUCACUCUCGUCAAGGAAACCUGCACGGCCUUGCUGAAGCUAUCCACAACCAAGCCAAAAACGGAUGACCCUAAUCCACCCAACAGGUUUGACCGAGACCACGAGAUCUUCGAGCGCCUUACCAAGAUCUUGCUGGAAGGUCUGAAUAUCCUUGAAGAUCGUCAGUAUUCUCCCAUGGCUGUUGAGGCCGUUAGUCUGAUUUAUUCGUUAGCAGAGCAUCCUGACCUCAUCUGCGGAGAGAUUCUUCAAGAGAUGAGCAAGAUCAUGCUUUCAUAUCACACAGAAGCACCAGACUUAGCAAGUGAUGGCUCUCAGCCAGAGACUGAAGAGAUCAAGGUCCCCGUAGGCAUCCUGACAAGAUUCUUCGUGUUUGUGGGCCAAGUGGCUCUGCGUCAGCUGAUUCACCUCGAUACCUAUGUGUUCUCUGAGCUGAAGCGCAGAAAUUACCUCAAAGAGGAGAUGGAAACAGAGAAGAAAAAGAAAAAGAAGAAAAGGAACACAAGGAAAUCACUAGCCACCUCAGCCAGUGAGGCUUCCAUGAUCAGAGGGGGAUCCCAAGAUGGAGACAUUGACGAGGAGAUGGGCCUGACGGGGGCAGUGGCAGACGACAUGGAGGCAGAGUACAUCCGCUCCAUCUGCGAUACAGAGAUCGUUAAGGCUGAUAACCUCCUCACUCUCGUCAAGCCACUUAUUUGGGCUGUAUGCACCAACCCAGCAAAGUACGCAGAUGCAGAGCUCCGGACGGCUUCAACCCUAGCCCUGGCCAAGUUCAUGAUGAUAUCUUCAGACUUAUGCGAAGAUAAUCUGCAGCUCCUGUUCACCAUCUUGGAGAAGUCAGAAGAUGAUGCGAUACGUGCCAACAUAGUCAUUGCCCUGGGAGACUUGUCCUUCCGGUUCCCGAACCAGCUAGAGCCUUGGACCCCACGUGUCUAUGCCAGAUUAAGAGACAGUUCCCCAAAAGUGCGACAGAACACCCUGACGAUCCUCACCCAUCUCAUCCUUAAUGAUAUGGUCAAGGUUAAAGGACAGAUAUCUGACAUUGCUCUCUGCAUCACUGAUGACGACCCACGGAUAUCAGGUUUGGCAAAACUUUUCUUCAGUGAGCUUGCCAGGAAGGGCAAUGCCUUGUAUAAUGUUCUCCCUGACAUCAUCUCGCGCUUGUCUGACACGGAACUAGGAAUCGAAGAGAAACGCUACAGAACAAUCAUCGGGCACAUACUGAACUUGGUACAAAAGGACAAACAGCUGGAAACAUUAGUGGAGAAGCUUUGUCAUCGCUUCCAAGCAACCGUCACCACAAGACAGUGGAGAGAUAUUUCCUACUGCCUGUCACUGUUCACAUACAAUGAGAAGAGCAUCAGAAAGCUGAGCGAGAACUUCUCGUGCUAUGCCGACAAGCUGUACGAGCCAGAAGUGUACGAGUUCUUCCUGGGCAUCCUUGCCAGUGCCCGCAAACUGGUCAAGCCAGAGGUGAAAGUCCUGAUCGAGGAGUUGGAGAGCAGGAUGCAGGAGAGCCACGAGAAGGGCGUGGAAGACGAGAAUGUCCUCAACAAAGCAGCCAGUGCGAAGACGAAGGCGAAAAACGUGAAAAAUUCAGAGAAAGCAACCAAGGGCAGAAUAAGAGGCAGAAGACGCAAAGAGAGUUCCAGCGAAGAUGAAACAAAAACUGAAGAGGAAGAAGAGGAGGAGGAGGAGGAGGAGGAAGAGGCAGAGGAAACUCGCUCACAGUUACACCCAGCUCACCGUCAGAAUAAGGAAAAUCAGAGAAUGACAAGACGGUCAGGCAACAUGGAGAAACCGCACAAGAAGAAAGUCACCAUCAGCACCGACUCGGACGAAGACAACGGCAAGGUCUCGACUCCGCCCAAGAGGAAGUCGGGAAGAAUGUCCCAUGUGAAGCCCCUCUCCGAAAACUCGUCCCGACUCUCGAGGUCCUCGAGACGGAAAUGAUGGGACUGAAGACGUAGAUGCGCGUUCUCUUUUAGGCUUUUGGGUUUUAGGAAAUUAUUGCGGAAAUUUUUUAUUUUUCAAUUUACUUUUUUAUCAUCCCAGUCUGUAGGAAAUAAUUGCUCUUCUCUAGGGACUUAAAACAGAAAGUACAAGGAUAUAUUUGGAGGAUUUUAAAUAGUUAUCAUUUUAGUCUGUGUAUUGCUUCUAAUAUUAACCAGUAAGGUAUUGCAGCAAAAGAAUUAAGAUGGUGUUAUUAGGGAUCAGAAUUCUCAAGAUAUUCAUAAUAUGCUGUAUCAGCAAAACAUAAUGGUGAAAGUUCACAUUUUCUCUUUGUACAACAAUUAUAACAUUUAGUACAUGUACCCACCUAAAUGUGUGCUAUUCCAUAAAAUUAUUUUUUUAAUUGAUUUUAACUCGAACAAAAGACAUAAGAUUGUAACAUGAAUUUACAAGUAUAUGGCGGAUUUCUUUUCAUUUAUAAAUAUGCUUCAUCUUGAGUGAAUGUACUGAUAAUAGUGUUCUUGACUUUGCUAUCCUUCACAAAUACAUAUUUACAUAUAUUAUAAGAUAUUCUUUUUGGGGGUAGUAAUAAUUCAUCUUAAAUAAUGGCAAUAUAUGGAAGGGUUUAGUAAGUAUUUUGUAAAAGUAACCUACUCAAUAAAUUGCAUUUUCGAAAAUCAGUGGACACUUGUUUACACUACUCAGCAUUUAUUAGGGUUUACUGUUAUUUUUUUAUUAUUAUUAUUAUUGCUUAUGUAACCCUUCCUUGAAUAUCCUGGUCAUCGCACCAGUUGAUCUCCUUAGUUUUCUGCCUUGAACAAAGGGAUGUGUUUUUGUUUUUUUCUUUUCAUACAUUGCAUUUAUAGAAUCAGUGUCAAAACAUGUGUCCAGAGGCAAGGGCAUGAUCACUGUACCAAAGAUGUUAUAUCUGAGAUAGCCAAUCUAUCGGCAAAACAAUAAAUUUGUAGGUGAAACCACUAUUGUUUAGCUUGGAAUAUGUCCAUCUUUGACAUGUCUUAUGCAUGUCCACUGAUCAGGACUGCUGAACUGGACAUGCUUGAACACUUUAUUUCCCCAUUGUGAGGGUAGAAAACUAUAGAAUAAUGUACUUGUCUUGUUAAGGGUUGCAUAUUCAGUUAUAAGAUGCAAAUAUUCAGAUGUAUGGGAAGUAAAUGUGAAAUUAGUUUUCCAGUAGCCAUAUUACCACUGUAAAUAAAAUAUGUACUCUAAA